AUGCUAUCGCCGAACAUCAUGUUAUCAAAUACCAAGAAUAAUGAAGACCUUGUGGAAGGUGCCAAUGGACUUCUGCUACUCAAUGCUAUCUAUGAUGGAAUGGAGCCUGCUAAGAGGAAGUGCCUGGUAUCUUUGCAUGGACCUUACAUCCUUCGAUCUGAUUUAUUCGUGAAAAGCGCUGCCGAUGCAAUAGUCCUUCUAGCUUGUUGGCCAGCAACCGAAGGAGCUGCUACCUGCUCAAAGCAGCUUCCGCACAUACAUUCAAUAAAACAGCAAUAUAUGAGAAGAGUCCAGAGCAGUUCAGGAAACUGUGGUUUCGAUCGGAAUGGAGUUGUGAAAUUCUACAUUUCGGAAUUUUCACAUAUCAAGAAAAUACUGAUACUGUGCAGAUCUGCUGGCCUGUUGAAAGUGAGCGGGUCAAUGAUGAACACGGGCCACAGCGUCAUAUUCACCGUAGAGAAUGAUACUCGGCAUCACAUAAAUGUGACCGGAGGUCCGCUGUCCUAUAAAUAUCAAUUUCAAGAGAUCCACAUUCACUACGGCCUCCACGAUCAAUUCGGCUCCGAACAUUCGAUAAAUGGAUACGCUUUUCCGGCUGAGCUGAAGCUGCAUAUAAAUUCAAUACAUAAAUCUCUCUGCACCCCUAGAAGAACAAUGACGCAAGUUCAAAAAAACAGUUCUUCAGAUAAUACGAUUCAAGGACUCAGCACAAAAUUCGCGAAGUCCGCCUACAAUAUCCCAGUGAUGAGUCCACAAGUUAUUGGGAUGCCGGAAAACUACACAAGAAAAAGAAAAUUUCCAGAAAUAACCAUUUUUCAAGGACUGAUCCAGAUGCAGCAAACAGGAUAG